CAAAUCUCCUACAGUCACGUAAAGUAUUCAGACACUGUGGAGUAUUAUCAGUCAAACUGUACUUGGACAUCAGCGUUACAAAACUUUCAAGCUGGAAACUAUACAAUAGACGUUUCUUUUUAUCCUAAUGUAACUAAUGAUACAAGCUUUGCAACUAUUAUAGCAAAAUCAUUUCAGCUAACUACACCAGAUAUACAACUCUCUGAAGAAUGCUUUAAUGGACAAAACAUUUCAAAUGGUUACAUGAGACCAGAAACUACUAUAACUUGUAUGUGUUAUUCUGAUAGCGUUGGAUAUCCUCCUACUAUUUUAAAAUGGUCAAAUAACAGUGACGAUGAUUUUGGAAAAACUUUAAAUAAUACGGCAACAAUUUUAGCUAUUGUACCACUUAGCAAUAAUCAAACAUAUAACUGUAAAAGCUCAUCAAAUCUAUUGAACGGAGACAAAUCUGUUUUUUAUACAGUGAAAUAUGCUAAAGGUCCCACAUCAUGUUCUGUCAAGAUAAAUGAUACAACACAAUCUAGUUGGCAAAUAUGUAAGAAGUUAUCUAUAAACGUAACAGUUCUUUGUCAAGUCAACUCAUCUGAUGCUUUACCAGGAAUCAAAGCUAAGAUUAGCAUAAACUCAAUGUAUUCAGAUCUGCUGGACAGUCAGAAUGUAUCUAACAUGUAUCACGUGAAACAUGAAGCAACUAUUACACAGGCGGGAAACUAUUCCGUCGGAUGUCAAGUACAGAAUCUGAAAUUUAGUGACAUUACAGCUUCAUGCAUUUAUUUACCAGUUCUGCAAGUAUUUGCACCCCCAAUGACAUUACCAAUAAUUCAAAUUAGAAGUUGUACAGCAGACGUAGGAGAGAGAACGCAAGAGAAUGUUGUGUAUAUGAUAGAGUGUACGGCACCUGGAGGAAUACCACCAGUUAGCAACAUUACAGUCUCAUGUGGAAACAUCACUGCAUCAACUCAAUAUGGAAACAUCUUUACGUCUCACGUAACAUUUACAAGAACAAUGACUGGACAGAACUGUACAUGUACAGCUCAACAUAUUACUGGAUGUUAUGAAAACAAUACAAGCACUUUACAAACAAAUGUUUUAUACAAAUCGACAGUUACAGUUUUGAAUGUUUCCAGCAUUGUCAUAGAAAAUGGGAAAAUUGUUCAAUUUUAUUGUGAAGCUGAUGGCAACCCAACACCAAACAUUUCUAUUAGAAAAGGAAAUGAAACAAUUGCUGGAAACUUCAAUGGAUAUAGUCUAGUUCAUAAUAAAUCCAUGUCUUGUAAAGAUGCUGGGAAUUAUUAUUGUCAGACUGACAACGGAAUUGAUGUCAACAUUAAAGAAACAAAACAAGUCACUUUGUAUGUUUUAUGUGCUUUACAAGUUACUUCUAAUGAAUCUUUCAAAACCUUUAGUUUUAAAAAAGGAAAUGUAUUCUCUUACAAUUUUACUGUUUAUGGAUAUCCAGAGCCUGACCAGUUUAAAAUUGUCCAAUUUAAUCAAUUCUCCAACAAUGUAAUAGUUACACAUUUUUCAUUGGAACCUCCUGAUGUAAGCGUAGAGCUCAAGAUUGUAAGUUUGGCAUCGGAGGACUUUGGUAUUUACAUACUUCUUAUCUUUCAAAAUGGAGUACAGACUUUGUCGUUGAACUUCAUUAUAAAUGAAGUCCCCGAGGUCAAUGAAAGGACAAAUAUAAAUGUCAGUGCAGCUCUAGGAGGAAGUAUUGCUGCUUGUGUGGUGGUGAUCUUAAUUGUGGUUGUUGUUGCAGUAAACAGAAAAUAUGAAAUAACAUGCAAGAAAAAACAAUCAAAGAAAGCACUUAAAGAAACAAAUACAUAUUCAGAACUUUCAGUGUCACAACAACAACAAGACAGACAUACUUACGAAAGUCCAAUUCAUAUUAGAAACUUGUCUAAUAAUGAUGUGACUGGUGCGAUUGAGAAAUACAUCAAUGUAAAAGAAUAUGACAAAGGCGUUUCUUCUUAUGAAAAUUGUGAUAGCAUUAAUUAAAUCUAAAAAGAGUUUUUAAAUGUAAUAAUCUAAUACAAGGCUUGACAUUGAGUGCAAGGUAUGUAGAAAAGUUCAGUUAUAAUAACAUAAGUACAAUGGUUGCAAAUCCAUAUUUUAACAGUUUUUUAUCACAUUAUUAAAAUCUAUAUUUCGUGAUAAAAUAGACACAAAAAAUGUAUAUUCAUAUUUAUAAACAGCUGAUUUUUCGUGUUUUAAGACGUGUCUAGUUCAUUCAAACUGAUAUAAGUAUACAAUGUAACAAUAAUUUUAUUUCUCUUAUCUAGUAAUUUUUGUUGGUGUAAAAAAAAUAAUUAUUAAACAAGCACGAUUUAAAAGAUUGUUUAGAGAAGAAAAAGAUAAGGUUACAUUCAACACAUUUCUUUUACACUAUUUUACAAUUAUUUUCAAUUAAUUGUAAUUUACAUUACUACAAUUCUUUUUAAAGAUGAAUUCUUUAAAAUUCUCAUUUUAGAGACAUGAACAUUUUAGUUACUUUGUUUUGUUUGAAUCAAUUUUUCUGUCUUAUGUUUUUGUAAUUUUAAAAAAAAUUAUUAAUCUUCUUCAACUAAGUAAUUAUCAACUACUUUGUCCUUAUUUGACAAUUCAUGUAUAGGUAUUAGUGUUUGGCAUUACAUUAAAAUCCGUAAUGUAUUAUUAUUAUAUAUAUAUUGAACGUUUAACUUUAACUCUAAAAAACCAAAUCCGAAAAAUUGAAUUUAAUUUUAACUACAAGAUAGUCAGUAUAGUUAACUGACAAAUAAUGUAGACUUAUUCGACAUAUAAAAAAGCACUUUUACUAUGAGCGAGGUACAUUUGACGUAAUUCGUUUUGAAAUAAGAACAGUUAGACAAUUUUUGUCAAGUUACGAACAAAUGUUACUGAAACGUAAAUACGCAGAUGCUGUGUUAGUUUUUACAAGUUUCGUGUGAUGUUUGUUAGUAAUAAUAAUUAAAGACCAACAGAUCAAAUGUCUUGUAAUACAUCUUCAUAAGUACACCCAGACAUUACAGCGAACAUUUCACUGAGCUUGACUGAUUCACAUACACGAUGAUCCCCAGAUCUUACUUGUAUAAUUGUUCAAUAAACUUGUCAAGAUGCAAAAUAUGCCUUUUAUAUGGAUUGGUCAAGAGUGUUAUUUACGAUAAAUUGGAACGGCCCGUUUUAUAAAUCUCCUCCAAUUAAUAUUAAUUUUGCUUUAAAAAGUAUACAUCGGUCAUUUAGAGAAAUACCGAAAAAUAUAUACAAAUGCUUAUAAUAAAGUGUACAAUUUGAUGAUCUAUCUAUUAUCUAUUUAUCUAUCUAUCUAUCUAUUUAUCUAUCUAUC